AUGGCAAACCUCAUAACCGAGAUGAAGAAGAACGUGAGCGACAUUGUAAACGAGAUGCCGAAUGCUCUGCUAAAGUUCUACGAAAUCAUAGACAACGAAGACCAGACUAUGCAACAAAUAAAAGUCGCUAUGGAUGAACUGAUUGCUGGAAAUCCUAAGGACUUCAAGCCGAAAGGAAUGGGUGGCCCUCCUUGCGGGCCAGGUGGACCUGGUGGACCACCAGGCGGUCCAGGUGGCUCCAGGAGGACCUGGUGGACCAGGAGGUCCCGGUGGGCCCCAUGUGUUCCUCCUGGUGGUCGACCGCCUCGUCCAUGGGUGAAGACCCCGAAGAUGAUGACGACAAAGAUGAUGACCACGAUGACCAUAAAUGAUGACCACGAUGACCAUAAGUAA